CCUCCCUUGCUCUUGUUGCUAUGCACUCGCGGAGGUGGGUGGGUGGGCGAUCUUGCUUGUGCCCAUCCAUCCUCGCCGGAGCAGAGGGGAGCAGUGCAGGGUAGGGGCAGCGCCCGGGCUAUCAUGUGUGUGGACAGGUAUCAAUCAUGUGCGUUGGGAAGAAUAGGGGCAUGCUAUGUCAUCGGUUCUGAUUCAAUGGUUCACUACGAGCACUGCACACGUCCACAGAUGGACUGGAUAGGGCGGGUGAAAGGAGAGGGAUUUAAGCAAUGUGAGAUCGUGGUCACACGAGCCCGAACGGCAAUAAUCAACGAGUAGAAAGGCGGGAGAGAGGAAGGAAGGAAGAAGAAGAAAAGAAAAAAAAGUGAUCUUAUGACCGAUCGAGAUUGGGUUACUGUACAGGAAGGUAAAUGGGGGAUUGAUGAGCAUUGUGGAGGAGGAGGGUUAAAAGGAGAGAAGAAGAAAAAAAGUUAUCAUACAGGUUUGUUGAGGAGAUUUCCAAGUAGGCUGAUGGUUUGCAUGCCAGGGGUAUGACACCGUGCGAGUACAUAAAGGAACGAACGCCAAGAGAAGAUCUUGGUUAUGUUUUCACUUUGAGCCGCAGGGAGCACAGAACGUUAGUUUAGGCUGGUCACCACUCGAGAAGGCAAAGAAUAGCAUGCCGCAUACCGGUAGCCCGCAGAGUUCUGCCCAUCUUUACAUAAUCUCCUUCCUCUUCCUACUCUGUGCCCUCCACUUUUAUUCUCCCGUGCAUUUUCCGGUGAACGAAGAAGUUAAAUCCGCUACAAUGCUUGAGACAAUAUACGUUACCAGGCAUGGUGUGAGCCUCCCUUUCUCAAGUUUGGCUUUCCUCUUUUUCUGACGGAUGGGGGGGGAUAGUUUCGCAGCAGUUGGGUUACUGAUGGCCAAGGGAAUAACUCUGAAAUCCUUGCCUCCCCUACCGGCAUUCCCUCUGAUCCCCCGCUCGCGGCUUAUGGAACUGAGCAGGCGAGGGAGCUCAUGGCACACCUUGCCAAACUUGACCCUAAAAUCGACAGAAUCUAUAGCAGUCCUUUCUACCGCUGUCUGGAGACCAUCGAUCCUACAGCGGAGGCUUUGAAUCUGGGAAUUUUUGCUGAUAAUGGUGUCGGGUGAGCCCUCGAUCCUUCCAUCCCUAUUACCAUCCACCGCAUUUGCCCUACAUUUCGAUCCAGCUAAGCGUUGUCUGCUUGGGAAAAGGGAAUGGUACGGUGUUUCCAGAUCCAGUAGGCUACCCCCCCCCCCCGAUUUUCUCGUUUGCCUUGUUUGCUGAUGAGUUUUGUUGGAAUUUUUCUUUGCAGCUCAUCCGUCCCCCGCUAGUCCCGAGUUGUUGCACACAUUCUUCCCACGUGUUAGCCUCAGCUACGUCCCCACUAUCAUCCCGUCGACCAAGGGUGAGACCAUCGUUCAGAUUCACGAUAGAACUGCGUACGCUCUUGCCAGAAUUAUCGCCGACAUUGAUCGUGGUUGGUCUGAGGAGGGGAAGGGGCCUAGGGCUAUUAUCAUCUGCAGUCACGCUGCUACUGAUAUCGCUGCUGGAAGGGCUCUCACUGGUCGGUUCUCUGCAGCGGCGGUUGCGCUAGUUUAUGGGUGGGCUUACUGGGUUGAGUGAAUAGGUGAUGAGGCUUUCGACGUAAAGGCUGGAACUUGCUCUCUCAGCACUUAUCGCCGCCGCAAGGUUCCUACUAAUCCGACCGUAGUCCCUCUUCCGUCUGACGAGUUUCCCAUCCCGGAUACGGCCUGGCGUGGUGGCAACGGUGUCGGAGGUGGAUGGGAUAGCAUCGUCAACGGGGAUUGCUCCUUUCUCAAGAACGGCGAGGAGAGGAAUUGGUGGUUUUCUGAUGAGGAGACUUGGGAUUCUUCGAUUGUCAAGCCGAGACCCGGUGAGGCUCCUGAAGGUGGACCUGGGUCUGUUUCCCAAUCAGGGCAAAUGGGAGCGAAGAUAUAAUACCAUAUUGUGGGAAUUGAUAGACGAACAUGGUGUACCUGGCUAGGGGUUUGGAUGAUAGUUUGUGUUUGCAUUUUCUCUCGGGGUUGCUGGAUGCUAGAACAAUACCAUGAUAUGCGCUUCAAUGACCAUAUUUUUCAUGUUUUACCUUGUUUAGAGCGAUAUGGGGGAGUAGAUGCGGGCACACAGAACGGGGAGUCAUUGGUUUCAUGUCUAACCUGGCGUAUGAUCAGAAUGCACGACAAGGUAGAAUUAGGGCUUCAUAUCCUGGAAACUUUCCGCCAGGUGAUGAUAGCCUAGCUCCCCGCAUCAGAUGAUUACCACUUGAGCCUGCCUCUAGCCUGUCGACAAUUCCUUGCUUAGCAUUGCAAGUGUGCUAUAUCACUAUCUACCGGCCGCCCGGCUCGCCUCAUUACCAUUACCCGUGCCUGAUGGGCAGUCCGUUUUCGUUACUGUUUGCCCAUAGCGUGACCGGCACUCCGCCCCAAAUGUUCUGCGUGCUGAUAUCCGUGUUUAUGUACCAGUCGGGUACCGCCCAGCACUAUAC